UGCACCCCAUCUGCUGUUACAGUCAUCCACCACGUCCACCCUCCACCAAUAUGCUAUUCCCUGGCUAGUCUCGGUCAACCAGCACAAGUGAAGACCAUGCUGCUGUCUCCCCAGGCAGAGAGGAACUGGGAGGAUCUGAGUUUAAUGCUUGAGGAUGUGCUGGAGGACCAGUCCCACAGGCAGCUGUUCGCCUUAGAGCUGGGCUCUGGGACUGGGCAGCAUGUCAUACGCUUUGCCCAGAAGAUGCCCUUUGUUACCUGGCAGCCAUCAGACAUUAAGGAAGAGUCUCGGGACAGUAUUAAGGCAUACAUUGCUGCAACCCAUGCAAAGAACGUGCUGCAGCCUGUCCACCUGGAUGCCAGCGAACCGUGGGAGAAAUGGGCAGGCCUUCCUCGCAACUCCUGUGACGUUAUUGUUGCCAUUAACUUGCUGCAGUACAGCUCCUUCAAAACAGCACAGGGUGUGUUCAGUGGAGCGGGUCAGAUCCUCAGACAAAAUGGCCUCAUAAUAACAUAUGGGGUGUACGCCAUUAAUGGCACCAUUACGCCAAGUUGUAAUGAACACCUUGACGCAGAGCUUCGACAACUAAAUCCAGAGUGGGGUCUUCCAGACAUCGAUGUGCUGAGACAGCUGGCCUAUGGGAACGGGAUGCGUAUGGAGAGGAUGAUUGAGAUGGAAGAAUACUACAAAUGCCUGAUCUUCAGAAAACUUUAAAGAAGCCAAACUGCAGUUAUAUGUUAAAGGUCCAGUGUGUAGGAUUUAGGGACAUCUAUUGGCAGAAAUGGUAUACAAUAUUCAUAAUUGUUUUCAUUAGUUUAUAAGCACCUUAAAGUAAGAACUGUGUUUUUGUUACCUUAUAAUGAGCCGUUAAUAUCUACAUACAGAGCAGGUCCUUUUCCAUUAAGUACGAAAAUGGACAAAUCAAACACUGGCUCCAGAUUGGUCACCAUAGCUCAAGUUUCAGUUCUGCAAACACACCACUAGAUGUCGCUAAAUCCCACACACUGGAACUUAAAAGUAUACUUCAUCCAUUCAGUCACUGAUGUAAUAUUAUUGCCUUUACCCCUCUUGUUGAAACAUGUGUGAAUGUGACAUAGCACACAGUAUUUACAUGAAUAAAAGUUGUCAUAUCAGA